AUGGAGAAUGUGGAAGAUGCUGGAUUUCAGAAGCCUGUUGCGAGUGGAGUAGGCACUGAUGAUCAAUCUGCUAGCUUUGUGGAUGUUGGCACGAAACCCAGAAAAAACAGUGAAUCCAUGGAUAACUCAAGGACAUUCAAUCGAGCAGCUGGUGAAAUAAACCAGCAAGAUAAUAGGGUUGACCUCUCUCUCACAUUGGGUCUACCUUUGUCUGAUCUUCAUCCAAACGCGACACUCUAUCAUAAUACUCAGCAAGGACUAGUUAACCAAGGAGCAAUUGUUGAAGGUCAGCAAAGCUUCAAUGGCAACCAAGCUCAGUUUGAAUGGCCAUCAAAUCAACUUGGUAGCGGUGCCCAUAACAUGAAGUAUGCAAAUGCAUUUAACCCUUUCUCAGGCCCUUCUAUAGGGUUUAGUUCUUAUGGCACCACCAACUCUCCCCCCUACAAUUUCACCCCUACUCGUCCUCUCCCUGUGCCGCCUCCUCCUCCGCAUGAGGUGCCUCCGAAUACCUACACCCUGAUUGAUGUCCCUCCAAGGAGAGCCGCCGCAAAUCAGCAUCAUCUCGAGAUCGGGAACUCCUCCAGCUCAGGUUUGGGCGGGCAGGUCCCCUGGCGUAUUGGCACCUACAACGACCCUUUCAAGCGCUGCACUAACUACAACUGCAACACCAACGAUACUCCUAUGUGGCGUAAAGGACCUCUCGGCCCCAAGACUCUCUGCAACGCAUGUGGUAUCAAGUAUAGGAAAGAAGAGGAGAAGAAGAAAGGAAAAGAAGUCGGAGGUAGAAGCCGACGGUCCAACACUGAUGGAUAG